AUGGCGGACUCAAGCAUCAAAGCUGACAUUGACACCAAUACGAGCACCAGCUCUGCACAAUGCGCGAAAUGCGGAACAACUGGCAAUCUCAAACGCUGUGCAAAAUGUCAAACAACUCAGUACUGCUCCCGAGAGUGCCAGAAGGGCGAUUGGAAAAAUCACAAGCAAGCAUGCAGCAGGAACGCCGCAGCUAGACCUGCUACUGGCUCUGCUACGUCCACGAGUGCCGGUAGAAACACUAUGCCAAACAGCAGCACACCAGCACCUUCCAAGGCACUGUCUGCAGACCUUUCAAAGCCGUUUACCGCCCUCAGCGAGAAGAAGUGGCUCCAGAACCGACCAGAACAAGACGUGUACAAGCUGCUCAUUGAUGCCUAUCGCUUGCGGCUAGAAGAUGACUACAAAUUCAGCGGGGAUGUUGACGACGAUAGCAUUUACGGAGGAGCUCCAAAUGGGUAUGCCGGGUUUCGGCGGUUUCUGCGAAGAGUUGAGAAGAAGGACGGUCUGCUACCACGAUGGUGGUCUCGGGAAAAACAAGUCGCAUGUGAAAGACUGGGACGGGCUUCGGGUUGGAGUGAUCUGAACUCCGCCACCGGGAAAAGCGACAUUAUGGAGCACUAUGGCAAUGCGACUAUACCUAUGCAGAUGAGAAUGUUUGUCGAGUCUGUCUACGGGCGCGGGCCAGGUGGUCAGGACGGGUCUGCGAUGCUGCAGCUUCAAGUGAUGAGUGAAAGUGGUUCCAUACACAGCAGCGCCCUCGAUAUGAGUGGAUCGAUGAGGUAGAGAUUUGGGCGCUGGUCGAUGAGUGAAACGCGCUGUGGAUUGGAUGGUCAUGGUCUUGGGGCUUC